AUGGAGAAUUCGACUUUCGAUACAACAAAUUGCAGAAAUCUCAUUCACGAAUUGCUACAAAAACAGAGGCAAAUUGAGACUGAAUUUGAAAUCGAUUUAAAUCGAUCGAUUAUAGAAGAAGAAGAAACUAAUUGUUUUGGAGAUGAAUUCGUACCAAUAUUCAACAAUCCAGACAAUGCAGAUGAAGCAAUCGAUAAUGCAGAUGAAGCAAUUGAGAAUGCAGAAGACGCAAUUCACAAUGCAGAAAAUCAAGUGUUACCCUAUUUAUGCUCAAAUGUUACACUCAGAUUGUAUGCUGAAAAUUCAGAUUAUACAAAUCCAAUUGAUGCUUAUGGUUUAGAUCUUAGAGGAUCAUUUGUUGGUGUGAGACAUUCAGGUCAGAAGAAAACAAAGUUAGUUGAAAUGGUUGAUGAAGAGGAUGUAAAUGUAAAAACAAGAAAGCCAAGACAAGUAUCCAUUACAAGAUCAAAUUGCAAGGCAUGCAUAAGAGCAAAAGUGAAUAAAGAAGGACAGUUUGAGGUGGUGGCUCAUGUUAUUCAGCAUAACCACGAGCUAACAAAGCCACAGUGGCAUUAUUUGCAUCGUUCUGAAAGAAAAAUGACAGAGGAAAAAGUUGUAACAAUCAAAACAAUGAAAUCUUUAGGUCUAACUACAAUGGACACUUACAAUUACAUGGCUACAGAGGCUGGAGGAGAACAGAAUAUAGGCCAUAGUGUUGUAGAUCACCUGAAUUUCUGCUCAAGGUUAAGAAUGGAACAAAUUGAGGCUGGAGAUGCUCAAACUUUAGUGAACAUUUUAAGUCAGGAACAAUCAGAGGAUCCAAACUUCUUUUUUAGAGUGAAGUUUGACAAAGAAGGAAGAAUUUGCAAUAUCUUUUGGAGAGAUUCAAUGAUGCUAGAAGACUAUAGGAUAUAUGGAGAUGUUCUUGUCUUUGAUACAACAUACAGAACCAACAGAUAUAAUCUUAUAUGUGCUCCAUUUGUUGGCAUAAAUAACCACUGGCAUAAUUGUAUGUUUGCUUGUGCUUUUAUUGGGGAUGAAACGACCGAUUCAUUUGUGUGGUUACUACAAACCUUCUUCAAAGCUAUGGAGGAUAGAAAACCAACUUCAAUAUUCACUGACCAGGACCAAGCAAUGGCAAAUGCUAUACUGGAGGUGAUUCCUAAUACAAGACAUAGACUUUGUAUAUGGCAUUUGGAGCAAAAUGCCAUAACCAGAUUUGGAGCUCUUAAAAAAGACAAAGAAUUCAAAUUUGCAUUCAACCAGUGCUUAAAGAUGUGUGUGACAGAACAAGAAUUCGAAGCAAAGUGGCAAGCAAUGUUGCAAAAAUAUGAGUUGACAGAACACUCUUGGUACAAAAGAGUGUAUGAGUUGAAAGACAAAUGGUGUCCUGCCCUUUGUAGAGAUUUCUUUUCAGCAGGGAUCUUAUCGUCACAAAGGAGUGAAAGCACUAAUCAUGCCAUAGGAUUCAGAGCAAGUAAAGAAACUACUUUGACAGAAUUUUAUACCAUAUUUAAGAAGACAACUAAUCGUUGGAGAAGCACAGAGAAAUAUGAUGAGUUUACCUGUAGCAAGUCAAUAGCAUUCACUUCAUUGCCUCUAUCUGGAAUGCUAAAGCAUGCCGCACAGGUUUUCACUUUAUCACUCUUUAGAAAUUUUGAAGAGGAGUUUGGAUACUCUAUGGAAAGAACUGUUCAAAUGUUAGGCAGUAAUGAAGAAUGCCUACUUUAUCAAGUAACACUAGAAGACAAGCCAUGGUCUGCACAUCAAGUAAACUAUAUACAAGAGAGCCAAACUGUAUGGUGUACUUGCAAAAACUUUGAAGCAUCUGGAUGGUUAUGUUAUCAUUGCAUCAGAAUUCUACAUUUGCAUUCAGUAACAAGAAUACCAGACAAGUAUGUUUCAAAAAGAUGGACUAAGUUUGCAAAAACAGAGGCAUGGGAUAGGUUGAAGAAUCAGGAUCCUAAACAGCAAUAUAUUCCAUGGAGGCAAACAAUGAUGAGGAAAUACUACAAUCUAAUCUUAAAAAGUCAAGAAAAUGAAGAGACAAGAGCAUUUAUGGAAGAAAGCUUCAGAAACAGUCUUAAAAUAGUGGAAGACUUACUUGCUAGUGCUGCUCAGAAAGAAAGUGCAGAAGCUGCUUCUAACAUUCCUGAUGUGGCAGACAACACUCAAAGCAAUACUGACGCUUCUUCAGCAUCGAGUACAAGCACAUGUGUACCAAUAAUUCUUGAUCCUAAAAGGGCUGUAACAAAAGGAAGAAGCAAGAGAGCAAAAGGAGGACUUGAAAAAAGCAAGAGAAAAAGAAAACCAGCACUGCCACCUCCAAAUUCAGAAUUUGGAUCAAAGACACCUAACUUACGACUCUUUUAA